GGAAGAAGUUGUGCAACCAGUGAAACCACCGCGAAGUGAGUGGAGAAAUCCAAAAGCGUCACAUGAGAUUUCCCGGAACUCUGACUUCUCUGGUUUUCUUACUGAAAGUUUAGCUUCUGCCCCGGUGUGACCUGCACCGACGACGAGCUGCUCCGAAGCCUAAAACUUCACACUAAAUGUCGGUAUGUAUGGUAAUAAUGUCAGAGACUGAGUGUAUAAGUUAGAUAUAGUGUUCACAAGGCGGCUUAUUGUUAGUAUGAAGUCUUCUGGUAGGUUCAUAAUGUACAGCACACAUGAUAUUUGUACACCGUCUUUACUGCUGUUUUUGUGCUGUUUUUGAGUGUGAUACAUAACGCUUCCGUAUAAGUGCAAUUAUAAAAGGUACAGUCAUAAUGAUACUAAUAGUGAUUAUUAUAUAUUUUCCACUGUCUUAAUUGCUGAUACAGUAAACUAUACCCUUUGCUUUUUCAGGUUAAAUGUUUGCAGUGCAUAAUGUCUUUAUAAAACCAUGUAGUCAUGCAAAUUACCCCAAUAAUCUCAGCCACACAGAGCAUGAUCAAUAUCCAUGCAUUACAAGCGCACAGAUAACUAUAUAAGAUUGUGAUAUCAACAUCUGGAUGUCUCUGUGGUUACAUAUCACCGUGCUGCGGACUAUUAGGAUGUGAAAUAGAAGCUGACAGCUCACCCUAGCUUUGUGUGAUUUAUUUUUCAUUUAGUUUUGAUUACAGUAACUACCUGUGGUUUGACAUAUGGCUAUCAGGUCGUUAUUGUUGCAGUGCUUACAGUGGUGUUUGCUAUUAAGUGAGAACUGGCAGGAGGGAGUGCAGGAGUGCUACCAUAUCCCAGUAACCCUGGCUUCUUGAGUGGAUGGACAAUACUGUGGGCUGGUCCACUGAGCAGAUUGCUGCGAGGCUAAUUAUAGCAUGAAUACAAGUAAAUCAGCAGAAAGCAAUGGCCCCCCCUUUGUGACAAUGGAGGCAUUUCCAAUGAAGACCCAGAAGCUGAGUUGGUGCUGAGUGUCAUUAUGAGAUGUCGUCUCCAAGCGCCUCCUUCGUGCAAAUCAAGUUCGAUGAUAUCCACUUUUAUGAGAACUGUGGCGGCGGCAGCUUCGGAAGUGUGUACCGAGCCAGGUGGAUCUCCCAGGACAAAGAGGUAGCGGUGAAGAAACUGCUCAAGAUUGAAAAUGAGGCUGAAAUCCUCAGUGUCCUCAGCCACCGUAACAUAAUCCAGUUUUAUGGCGCGAUUGUUGAGGCUCCCAACUAUGGAAUUGUCACUGAGUAUGCAAGUGGUGGAUCGUUGUAUGAUUACCUGUCGAGUGAUGAGAGUGAGGAAAUGGACAUGGGGCAGAUCAUGACUUGGGCUGCAGAGAUUGCAAGAGGAAUGCACUAUUUACAUUCAGAGGCCCCCUUUAAGGUGAUCCACAGAGACUUAAAGUCCAGGAAUGUUGUUUUGGCAGCAUACAAGGUUCUCAAGAUCUGUGAUUUUGGGGCAUCCAAGUUCCUGACCCACACAACACACAUGUCCUUGGUGGGCACGUUUCCCUGGAUGGCUCCGGAGGUGAUCCAGAGCCUGCCUGUGUCUGAGACUUGUGACACUUUCUCCUAUGGUGUGGUGCUUUGGGAAAUGCUCACCCGUGAGAUACCUUUCAAAGGCCUGGAAGGAUUACAAGUGGCCUGGCUAGUGGUGGAGAAAAAUGAGAGGUUAACCAUCCCCAGUGGCUGUCCUGCCAGCUUUGCUGAGCUCAUGAGGAACUGCUGGGCGACAGAGGCAAAAGAAAGGCCAAUGUUCAAGCAGAUCCUCGCUACUUUGGAGUCCAUGUCUAAUGACAGCCAACUUCCUCAACAGUGCAACUCUUUCCUUCACAACAAGGCUGAAUGGAGGUUUGAGAUUGAAGCCACAAUUGAGAGACUUAAGAAGCUGGAGAGAGACCUGAGUACCAAAGAGCAGGAGCUGAAGGAGCGAGAGCGGCGUCUAAAGAUGUGGGAGCGCAAACUCAUCGACCAGUCCAACAGCCCGUUGCUGCCCACCCUUGACAUCUAUACAUGGACAGAGGAGCAUGUGUAUUUCUGGAUGCAUCAAAUGUUUGGCGCAGGGGAGGGUACAUCUGGUAUGCAGCUGUAUGCUGACCUGUUUAAAGAAAAUCACAUCACUGGAAAGAGGUUGCUAUUGCUCACAGAAAAUGACAUGCGGGACAUGGGGGUCAAGUCCAAAGGUCAUGUCAUGCACCUGAAGGGUGAAAUUGAAAAGCUGACUAAUGAGUACCUCGGGUUCGUCCACUUCCCGCCUCUGUUGAAGGACGAGCUGGAAAAGGAGGUGGAGCGGAGUAAAACUGUAAAACUGGAGCUGGUUUUUGGGUACCACUGGAAACCAGGAACUGGGAAAUCUGACUGCAAAUGGAAAAUGUACAUGGAACUUGAUGGAGACGAUGUUGCAGUAACCUACAUCAAAGAUGUCAUCUUUAAUGCCAACCGACAGGAUGUGGAAAUCCUGCGGAUGACUAAGCCACCUUUUGUGAUGGACAAAUGGAUCGUUGGAAUAGAGCAGAACCAGAGAGUGGACUACACUGUCAAUUAUGAGAAUGAUGUCAUGUUACCAAAGUCUACCAGACACAGCUGUGCAGUGACGUGGCGUCUCAGUGGUGGACAAGACGAGAUCAAGACUGUGGAGCUGGUCAUCGAAACAGCACCAGCUGACAUCGACCGGAACCUCAGGGACGGGUCUACCUCUGAUAUUGAUCCCACAUGGAUGUACAAAGUAAGGCAGAGGCAGAUGAUGACCCAGAAAUCCCUGCAGACGACUGCUGCUCUGACUACCUUCACUAGCUGUGAUGCCCGCACUCUGCCUCAGUUCCUGUCUGCACAUGAAAGCCAGGGGUUUUCUUAUGCUGCAGCUGUGCGUCGCUCUCCAAACCGCCAUGUACAUCCCUGGAUCGACUCACGCAGCUCCUCGCCAACUGCCAGCCUGUCGACCAAACUCUCCACGCUCCAUUUUGGGUCAAAGGGCAGCAGCCCUUCCAGCACUACGUCAGAGAGCGCCUCGGAGAGGGAACGAGAGCGCCCGCUCAGUGCUGGAGUAGUCCAUGACCACCGCAGAAACAACUACUUUGGCAACACAUUAACUGUGGGAGGGGGGCAGGGUAGGGGACAUGCGUGGACCAAUACUAGAAGUAGUUAUAUUCAUAAUAAAACCAGCAAAACCUCGCGACAGCCAGGGAGGCCACUGUCCAACAGUUACAGUGUCACACCACAGAGCCGCCCCUCCAUACCAGGUAUAUUGUCUGUGACAGAAAACCCCAGUGAGGAAAAAGAGGGGGCCAAAGCCAGCGAUGGAGGGUGGAUCAAAGUGGAGCGACAGAAAAGAUUACCACGUCAGGACAAUAAACAAGUCAGAGGUCGACAGAGGAGAGGGGGCAGGGGAGGGCGUGCUGCUGGUGGAAGAACUGGCCACACAUGAACUGACAGCUUCUUGUAUGCUGAAACAUGUCAUGCUCUGAAAAGGUUUUACACAUGAAUUAUGUCUGCUUACAUGCUCAGACAUGAACUGCUUGCUGUAAGAGAAUCACACUGAUGCCUAUGAUGUAUAUGUGAAUGACCAUGUGUCAGCAUGUAUUUAUUAUUAUUAUUGUUAUUAUAAAAACAGGCAAUUCAAUCCCUGCUCUUCACUUUCUUUCUUCCAUUAAAUGGCAGAUGGCAACCAGAGUUAUGUUUGUAUAAAAAAAAUAUUCUAAAAGCCCAGUUUCUCACAAGUAUCCAAAUAAACUGUUUUAACACCCUGACCCAA